AUGUUGAAGUCAGUAGUUAUUUUGGUGAGUGUGAUGCUCCUGGCGGAGGCCACUUUGGUUCACAUUCCCUUGGUGAAAGUUAAAGAACAAAAAAACAAGGCCAAUGAGUUAAGAAAAUUGAAGGCCAAGUAUAGUGACAACUUUGCAACUCAAUGCAGUCAAUUGGUGGAAGAGAAGCUAUUCAAUUAUUAUGAUGAUUCGUAUUAUGGAAAGAUUACAAUUGGCACUCCACCUCAAGAGUUUUUGGUUUUGUUCGACACCGGCUCCUCCAACUUGUGGGUUCCCGGUUAUCCUUGCUCUUCGGAAAAUUCCGCUUGUGAGAGUCACAAUACCUAUGAUCCCACCGCUUCUUCGACCUAUGUUGAAAAUGGCGAAUCCUUUUCUAUUCAAUAUGGCUCCGGCAGCUUGAGUGGAUAUUUGGUACAAGAUACCGUCACCGUCGAAGGACUGACAAUUGAAAAUCAAGUUUUUGCUGCUGCCACUAGUGAACCAGGCGAUACCUUUGUGUACUCUCCCUUUGAUGGCAUAAUGGGUAUGGCCUUCAAGGCCAUUGCUGUUGAUGGUGUUACUCCGCCAUGGUACAACAUGAUCCAACAAAAUUUGGUCUCCACAAAAGUAUUCUCCUUCCAUUUGAUGCGUAACGGUACCUCCGAUGAUGGUGGUGUGAUGGUCUUAGGUGGCAAUGAUCCGGCCCAUUACACUGGUGAUUUUACCUAUGUUCCCGUUUCCCAAAAUGGUUACUGGCAAUUCGAAAUGGCUUCGGCCAAUGUUAAUGGUGUCAAUCUAUGUGACAAUUGUCAAGCUAUUGCAGACACUGGCACCUCGCUCAUUGGUGUGCCGACUGAUGUCUAUGAAACCAUUCAAGAGGCCAUUGGAGCCACUUAUAGCGAUGAGACCAAUGAAUACAUGUUGGACUGCUCAUCUAUUGGUGAUUUACCUGUGGUUACCUUCACCUUGGGCGAUGGCACUUUUACCCUGACUGGCUCCGACUACGUCAUCCAGUCUGAUGGUCUAUGCGCUUCGGCUUUCGAAGAUGCCGGUACUGACUUUUGGAUUUUAGGCGAUGUCUUCAUUGGCAAAUACUACACCACCUUCGAUUUUGGGAAUGAUCGCGUGGGCUUCGCCUUAGCAGUUUAA